CAGUUGUCAGGCCAUAAAGACAUCGCAUGUGGUCCCGAUAAGAGAACCAUGAAUCAGGACUUGUUAGGGGUUUAGAAAUCAUAGAAUAUCUCUACCAUCUUUUCAAGUAUCAAGUAAGCUUUGCAAGUGGGAAAUCCUUAGCUCUCUGUCCAAAAAAAAAAAAAAAACAAUUUCGAAGUGAGAGUUAAGCUGAUAACAUUUCCUACAAAUCAAAUUUGUCAUAUUCCCUGGAAGCUAUUGAUAUGGCGUUUCAUAGCUGGUCUUCGGUGCCUGUCGUCAAGGCCGAUGACGACGAGCAGGAGUUAGUUGAUCCGCAAGCAGCCCUUAGGGAGAAGUGCCAGGCCAAAGGUCACAUCGGGUCCCUGUACAACAAGUAUCAAGAGUGCAACGAUCGCGUGAAUGGCAAGUCCAAAACAACUGAGACGUGCAUGGAGGAAUUGUUCGACUUCGUUGCUGAGUUGGAUCAUUGCGUUGCUCACAGUCUUUUCUCGAAACUAAAAUAAUUUCAAAUUCAAGAACGAAUGUCGCGAUAAACACUGCUUUACAAUAAAAUUAACAAAUAAAUAAAGGUAUCAAUUCAAAACAAAAA